AGCUGAGAUGAGGUUAUCAUACAUGCAUAAUCACCCAAUUAUGAGUGCAGACGCCCUGAAGUUCCGGGAUGUCUCGGAGGAGGCAAAAGAAAAACUGAUCUCCCUCUUCAAAAGGAAAUAUGGCCCUACUCAGGCCAUAGACAUGAUGAAAUACGAGCUUCAGUUGAAGCAUGGGGCCAACUACCUGUUGAAGGCAGCUGAUAGGGCUGUAUGUCCUGAUGUGCAGUUCGCCCACCGAUUGUACCGCAAGGUAUUUCAAGAAGAGUUUGGGGAGUCAACUGGUGAGAGGAUGCUGCAUAGCCUUAGAACGUACAUCUCUCAUUACAACACUCGAGCGGGCUCGGAGUGCAUGGCGCUUGAUAUAACAAGCGACAACAAAGUUGUGAUGGCUAUAUGCACUCCGCUAAUGAAGAGGGUCUACGAAGAAGUGAAACAUGCGUCAGAGCUGGUAUUCAUCGAUACCUCAUCGAACAUGGACAGGUAUGGCUGUAGCAUCUUCUUGCUGCUGACGCAUAGUUGUGCAGGUGGCCUUCAUAUGGGGGUGCUCAUCACCUCUAGUGAAGCAGAGGGGGUGAUUGAGGCAGCCCUCAAGCUGUACCGCUCUCUCCUUCCCCAGAAGAGUUUCGGAGUAAGAGGAGUCCAAGGGCCAGCUCUCUUCAUGACCGACGACUCUGCAUCGGAACAGAAUUCCCUCAGUCACGUUUUCCCUGCCAGUCAGACUCUCCUUUGCGUGUUCCACGUUCCCCAAGCCACGUGGAGGUGGUUGUGGAAUGGCAAAAACCAAAUCCCCAAGGAGCAGCGACCCAACCACCUCCAACAUAUCAAAUUCAAAGAGCAUCUCACUGGUUACUAUGGGAGGAAGGAGAAGUGGGCAAUUACUUGUCGACUUGACCUCCAGGUGCGUGGUAAUAACACCAACAAUUUUUGCGAGGCAGCCAUGCAUGUCCUGAAGGAUAAGAUCCUGGAAAGGACAAAGGCGUUCAGCAUUCCCCAGCUGGCAGACUAUAUGUCCACCUUUCUGGAUGAUAACUACCAACAGAGGCUGAAUGAUGUAGCCAAUGGACACCUGCAGAAUGUGAUCCCCUCUAGGUAUAUGCCCCAGGAGAAAUCAAUCAAGCUCCAGGACAUCAGACAGCUCUCAGCCUCCCAGUUCAUCGUAACUAGUCAGACUUCACAAGACAGGGGGUACGAUGUCGAUAUGGAACUAGGACACUGCUCUUGUCAUGCUGGGAAGACUGGAGCCCCCUGCAAACAUCAGGCAGCAGUGGUGAAACAUUUCAGUGUUUCUUCAACAAACUUCAUCCCGGCAUGGAGUUACCAGCACUGGAGACUCAGCCAAUGUUUUAAUGACCGGAUGUCUUACGCAACACGAACGACUUCAAAAUGA